UAGCCUGUCUUAGAGGCCUGUUGUUGAAUUGAGAUUUAGAUUAUAGAUCUAUAUCUAUCUCUAAUACUAAAAUAUUACAUCGUACUUCAAAAUGGUAAAGCAUACAGCAUCUGAUUGUAAAGGAAAGUUGUUGUCUCCAGUGAAAUCUGCAAACAGUUUUUCAAGUCCUAAUAAAUCUAAUUUAACACCAUCCAAACUGGCAGCUGGUCACUCUUCUAGAGCUUCAUCUUAUUCACUGCGGAGUCCUAGUGAUACACUAAAUUCCCCCAGCAAAAGUAUUAAAGAAACAAUAAAGGGGACAUCAUCCUCUCCUAAUACUUCUCCAUACAAACGAAAACUAGAUGUAUCAGUAUCUUCUCCUAGAAAAGUUUUAUCCCCCAAGAAAUCUGUCAGAAGAAAUGUGUUUUCUAAAGACCAGAUUUCAAGCUGCGAUAACUUGGAACUAAUUCAGCAAAUACUGAGAAGACGAAUAUCACAGAUAAACCAACCUCCAGAAAUUAAAGGAUACUCAAGGGAACGGAAACAGCUGUACGAUCUAAUAAAGAGAACAGCAACAACUGGUGAAAGUAAUUCAUUGCUACUUAUUGGGCCAAGAAGUUGUGGUAAAUCUAUGCUAAUUAACAAUGUUGUAUCUGAUUUGUGCCAGGACAAGGGAAUUAAAGAAAAUAUGUUGCAAGUCAAAUUGAAUGGCCUCUUACAAACAGAUGACCGAAUAGCUCUGAGAGAAAUCACUCGCCAACUUCAGCUAGAGAAUUCUGUUGGCGAUAAAGUCUUUGGUUCCUUUGCUGAAACGUUACAAUUUCUUUUGCAAGCCCUGAAAAAAGGUGAUCAAGACAGUAAACCCAUUCUCUUUGUCCUGGAGGAGUUUGACCUAUUUGCCCAACACAAAAACCAGACACUACUCUACAACCUGUUUGAUGUAGCUCAGUCAGCACAGGCCCCCAUUUGUGUCAUUGGAGUAACUUGUAGGUUGGAUGUAAUAGAACUACUGGAGAAAAGGGUCAAGUCGAGGUUUUCUCACAGACAGCUGCACCUGUUCAACAAGUUGACCCUACAUGAGUACAGGGAGUUGUGCAAGUCCUAUCUUUACUUACCUGCUGACUUCCCUUCUACAGAGCUGAUGGAGGCUUGGAACACAAACAUAAAUACUGUUUUAGACGAAGUGUCAGUGAAAGAUAUCCUACAACGGCAGUUUUCUUUAUCAAACGAUGUUCGGAGCCUGAUAAUGUUACUGACCUACCCUAUCUGCCAGGUGUGCCCCACCCACCCCAACAUCACAGCAGGUGACUUUGUUACUUCCUUCAAGAUGAUCUCAAAUGACACGAAAUCUGCCAUGUUACAUGGAAUUUCUACACUUGAACUAUGCUUGAUCAUUGCUAUGAAGCAUCUAACAGAGAUUUAUGAAGGGGAACCAUUCAACUUUGAGAUGGUUUACAGUGAAUACCUCAAGUUUGCCCGACGCAAAACAGGUAUGCAAGUUUAUGAAAAAGCUGUUGUCAUGAAGGCAUUUGAACAUUUGCAAGUGUUGGAAUUUAUUCGGCCACACUCUGGUGGUGCAAAUACUGGAGGAUUUCAGAUUUUAAAGGAAUAUAAACUGAUGAACCUAUUGGUUCAUCCUUCUCAGAUUCUUGAUGCACUACAGAAGUAUCCAGGUUGUCCAACAGAAAUUAAACAGUGGGCCUCACAAAGUGUUGUAUGAUAGACAGUAGGUCUCACAAAGUGUUGUAUGAUAGACAGUGGGCCACACAAAGUGUUGUAUGAUAGACAGUGGGCCUCACAAAGUGUUGUAUGAUAGACAGUGGGUCUCACAAAGUGUUGUAUGACAGUGGGUCUCACAAAGUGUUGUAUGAUAGACAGUGGGCCACACAAAGUGUUGUAUGAUAGACAGUAGGUCUCACAAAGUGUUGUAUGAUAGACAGUGGGCCACACAAAGUGUUGUAUGAUAGACAGUGGGCCUCACAAAGUGUUGUAUGAUAGACAGUGGGUCUCACAAAGUGUUGUAUGACAGUGGGUCUCACAAAGUGUUGUAUGAUAGACAGUGGGCCUCAAAAAGUGUUGUAUGAUAGACAGUGGAUCUAACAAAGUGUUGUAUGAUAGACAGUGGGCCUCACAAAGUGUUGUAUGAUAGACAGUGGGCCUCACAAAGUGUUGUAUGAUAGACAGUGGGCCUCACAAAGUGUUGUAUGAUAGACAGUGGGUCUCACAAAGUGUUGUAUGAUAGACAGUGGGCCUCACAAAGUGUUGUAUGAUAGACAGUGGUUCUCACAAAGUGUUGUAUGAUAGACAGUGGGCCUCACAAAGUGUUGUAUGAUAGACAGUGGGUCUUGCAAAGUUUGGUUUCUGAGUUGUUUGUGUACAAAUAUUUUGUCUGUCAGUGACUUUAUAAGCC